UUUUCCUUGAAUUAAAACAGUUAUUUUUUUAAAGUACGCCAGUGGAAAAUAUUGAAAACUGUAAAGGGAACAACAAAAUUGCAAAAUAUUGCAGAGAAAAAGGCAAAGGCGGAAGAAAAUCCCCGGUGAGUCAUCGUGCUCCGUCGGUCGCGGUGUGACUCAGCGCUCCCCGCGGGACAGCCACAGGAAUGGCCUGCACUAUCUGCACCAAAUCGUUUGGAUUUUUCAACAAAGAGCACGGCUGUCCGGUGUGCAAGUUUUCGUUCUGCUCGGGCUGCCUCAAGUACAAGCUGGUGCGCGAUGGCAAGAAGCUGAAUGUUUGUUUGCGCUGUUCAGCGCUUGCGACUGUGAGUGUGAAGGAGGCUCCGAAAAGGGAGGCAACAGUUGCCCCGAACCAUCCAACGCCCAACGAUGACGCAGUUACGACGCAGAGCUCGAACGUGCCGCCAACGGAACUGGAUGGCGAUGAGCUAAUACGUAGCAAGCUGCAGGCACUGAAGGCAAUCGAUUUGGGCGAGGAAGACGCACCGAAGGAAGGAGAACCGAGCGAUAAUACAGAUAUAGAAAAGCGUUUGGCUGCGUUAAAGGGAGUUGAGUAUAAGGAUUACAAGGACGCGUCGCAUCGGUUCAUGGCGCCGGACAAUCGGACGGAGGCACAGAAGGUGCAGGACCUGCUGGGCCAGUUCGUGGAGGAAACCAAGCUAAUCAGCGUGAUGGACGACAAGCGUACCGAGCAGGAUGAGGAGAUAGCGAAGCGAUUGCAAGCAUUGAAGCAAUUUCCAACAGCAGGUGAUGGAACAGCAGCGACUGCAAGUGGCAGUUCUAAAGGAACGAUACUCCCGGACAGUGACUCGGACGAAGGCCUGACGGAUGAGGAGUUGGCACGAAAGUUAGCCCAACGGUACGCCGAGGAGGGUAAGCUGGAGGCGAAGCUGAACCUGGAAAGUGAGCUGGAGGAGAUUACACCAACACCAUCUUCGAACGUUGAGGAAGAGCUGCCUUGGUGUACGAUCUGCAACGAGGAUGCAGUGCUACGGUGUCGAGGAUGUGAUAACGAUCUGUACUGCAGGGCGUGCUACAAAGAGUUCCACUACGACGAGGACCCGCAGGAGCAUCCAACGGUGCCGUUCAAGGGCGGAAAAGGGCCAACACGUGUUUAACACGUGCAAUAUACGUUUUUGUACGAAUUUGCGAAACCAAACGACAGCAGGCUGAAUAGAUCUUCUACGGGUAAGUUUAUUCCGAUACAUUAUUGUACGAAGACUCUAGUUACAUGUUACGAAAAAAUAGAAAAAAGUAUGCUUUUUGUGGAAAAAUAA